ACGACGAUCACAUAAGUCCCAACUGCAAAGUGAGGAAAAUCAUUUACAAGGAAAAGCCUCACUUGUGCCUGUUCGCCCUGAAGAAAAUAUCAGCUGGCGAGGAGAUAACCUUCAACUAUGGGAGGUCCCCUUACUCGUGGCGCUCAACGGAAACCACUGAAAACCAGAACACAUCACUAACAGACUUGGACCGUCCUUCAUCUUCUCUGAUGGAUGAAAAAGCUGAGGACUCGGCAGAAUCGUCAAGUUGUGCAGAAAACUUCACUGAUGACGACUACGUCUGCGAGGACGAGUCGAGUAGCGACGAAAGUUAUACCAGCGACAAGAACGAGCCGAUUCGGGAUUUAUGGAACAGUCAGGAAGGCUGUCCGCAGGAGCAGGAGGAGAGCACUGAUGACUCUGAAGCCGAUGAAAAACUCAAAGACCCGUCAACCACCAACAAGAACUACUGCUACAUUUGCAAGAAACCUCAGACUAAAAUUUCUCGUCAUCUUUUAACCCACAGAAAGGACGAGCCUGAAAUCGCGAAAAUAUACGCAUUACCCCGAAAAAGCACGGAGCGUAUUAAAAUGCUAGAAAAGUUAAGAAACAAGGGGAAUUAUGAACAUAACCAAGAAGUGCUGAAGAAUCGCACUGGAGAGCUGAAAGUGAGAAGAAAAGCUGCCACAGUCAAAAAAGUGGCAGCUUGUAUAUACUGUAAACACAUGUACGGCUACAAGCAGAUCUGGCGACACAUGCAGAAUUGUCCUUCAAAGAAGUUCUCAAAGCCUCCGAUAGGUGGCAGAACUCAAAUUUUGUCCUUGGUUGCUGCAACAGGGUUAGCUGAUCACCAAAAGAUCUCAUCAGGUGCGAAGAAGAUGUUGAAGAAGCUGAAGAAAGAUGAAAUCGGCUCUGUUGUCUGGAGCGAUCCUUAUCUACUCCAGCUGGCUCAGUGUUUGUACUACCUGAGGGAGGAGAAACGAACGUAUCUGUAUGUGAAUCAGAAGCUGAGGCAGAUGGCAAGACUCCUACUAAUAUUGAGGAAAAAGUCGAUAGACAGCUUUGAAGUUGCCACCAAGCCCCAAAAUUUCAGCAAAGUCGUCGAAGCUGUCGGGGAACUGGCAGGUUUCAAGGAAGGCUCAAAGCCCCAGGACAGGCCCAAUCUGGUGAAUAGCCUCGGAAUCUCACUCAAGAGAAUUGCUGACAUUAAAUAUGCCAGAGCUGUGAUGGACAACACUGAUAAGGAGAUGAUACAAGAAGCAGAGACAUUCAUGAAUCUGUGUGCUAAAGAAUGGCCGUCCGGCUACAAAGCAACUCAGCCACAACUCACCCAGCCAUCCACACUAGCGUUCAUUCAGGAUGUGCAGCUCUUCUACCAGUGUCUGGACAAAACGGCAGCUUCUGGGGUGGAAAGUCUGAUGAUGUAUGCGUGCUCGCAGGUCUAUACUGCUCUGCUCAGAGUGACGGCUGCAUACGUGGCGAUCUUUAACAAAAAUCUGGCAGACGUUUCUCGAGUGACCCUCCAGUCAUUCAAGGAACGACCUGAGACUGAACCUCAGCAAAAUGCUCCUGUCAACCAGUCGCAGUUUGAGCAAAUUCUGUCCAAGAACAUGGUGAAGAUCAACGUUGCCAGCAUCACUGGCAAAAAGUUUGCUCUUACUUUGACGUCUGACCUGCUCUCGGCUCUAACGCUACUUGUGAGUAAGAGGGAAGCCUGUGGUGUUCAUGAAGACAAUCCCUUUUUAUUUGGGAGAUCUGAUGACGGAAGCAAAAACUUCUACCAGGCGAAACGGUGUAUUUGCAUUUUUACAGAUCGGUGUGGUGCCAAGAACAAAGAGAGCCUCCGGUCGAUAUAUUUCUGUAAGCACACUGUGAGAAUAUUCCAGAUCCUUAGCCUCACGAAUGAUGACCUCGUCGAGCUCGCCAAACUGUUGGACCGGAAUAUUCAGACCGACAGGGACUAUUACCAGAUGCCAGAGGCAGCCGCGGACGUUGCCAGAAUCUUAGAGCUAAUAUUUGCAAUGGAGAACGGAACUCUUGGACAAUUUGAAGGAAAGUCUUUCGAGGAAAUUGAGUUUCCAGAUCAGUUGCAGCCAUUUGUGGAUCCAGACAGUCCUGGAAACGACGACGCCGAAGAGAAAAUCGAGGAAUCAGAAACUUCUACGGGUCGGUCCUCUUCAAAAGGCUUCUUUUCUCAGCAAAGGAGAAAAAGUGGAGCUCCGUCCUCGAACAAAAGUGGCCGAGGCAGGAAAAAGAAGCAGGAGCCUGAAAAAGAGCAGAACAAGGAGAAAACUGAUGAGACAGAUGAUCGUCCGGCCGACAUGAUGGAGAAACCUGCCGUUGAGACACCGGAGGAGACGACUCGCAGCAAAGCAGAAGAAACAAACAUUUACUUCAGCGACGACGAUGAGGACAUGAACGUGGACUUCGACAUGGACAUAGACAUCGAUGACGACGAGGUCAGAAAUGAGGAAAAUGAUGACGGCUCAUAUGGUUCAUCAACAAAACCUGUGAUAAUGGAUGGAAAAGAUUCAACAGCGGAGGACAAGGAAGAGUCUCGUCUGAACGAAAGCGGCAGCGAUGGAGAGUUUGAGGAGAUGAUGGACGACGUGGAGGACGAAUAUUCAGACAGAGAAGAUGAACAACAAAAUUACUUAAUGGACGUGGAGCACAGCGGUUCAACUUCAAAUACAGAAAAGAAGAACAACUUGUCAACAGCACCGACUGGGAUGAAAAGCUUCACGAUAUUGAUCCCCAAACUAGACAUUAACAAGGUACGGACUACAGUCCAGGUUUCCCAGUUCUUAUCUUUGACUAACAAGAGUCUGGUGAAAGAUCAGAAUAUCCAUAAUGUCAAGAAACAGCCUGAAGGACCUUCAACACCCACUGAGGUCACACACAAGCCCAGCAGUGAAAAGGAAGUGCACAUGAACUGCUCGCACUGCAAGAAGAGCAUGAUGAAGGGACAAACCGCCUACCAGAAGAAAGGCUUCCAGGACGUCUUCUGCUCCAAAAACUGCCUGUUUGAAAUGUUUCUGCACAACAAAGCCGCUGCCAGGACGUGUCACUGCUGUCAGAGGGCGAUAUCUCAGCCUCUGGACGUCAUCAUGGCUGCUGUGGACAAUAAAGGAACUAUGAAGGAUUUCUGCAGUCCGGACUGUUUGUGGGAUUUCAGAUGUCGUCCUGUUUCUCCCCAAACUCCACCGUCAUUCUGCAGCAUGUGCAACAAUCCCUGCACUAUCACAUGCGAGCUGACCCUGAACGAAACUGUGCAAAGGUUUUGCAGCGACACCUGUUUGGAGGGUUUCCAGAAGUACAACCGAUUGAUCUGUGAGAACUGCAGCAGGACCUGCGACGACAAACCUCUUUUACUGAAGCUGGAGCCUGAAAUCAAAGCCCUCUGCACAAAGACAUGCCUGGAUGAGCUCACAAAGAAUAUAGACACCUCCCACCCCUGUGCCAUGUGCCGCUCUCCUCAAACGGUGUCCGACAUGAUCACUUACAAACGCAGUGAAAACGUGGUGGAGCUCUUCUGCUGUCGGCCUUGUGUGUCGUCUUACAAGCUGCGACCACCAACUCUGCUCGAUCAUCAAGUAAUGAAAAGUUCACUUAAGUCCAAGAGGAAAAAAGACAAGCAGUCAAACACUGAGGACGCAGACGUCGGUUCCUCUUUGCUUUGCCACAACGAAUAUCAUCCAGACACCAACGUAGUCACGAAAAAGUGCUACAACUGCUUUCAGGAAAUAAGUCGACCUCAGAACAUGAUUCUGGCUCCAGUGGACAAUUCGGGAACAAUGAAGGAGUUGUGCAGCUCCACGUGUCUCGCCUCCGUCAAAUCCAGGAGGGACGCCACUGCCAGACCGCCGCCGCGAGAGGGACCUCGUUCAGAGUGCAGGAUGUGCGCUAGAUAUAGCUACUGUAAAUUCAACCUGAAACUGGACAACAUCAUCUACAAACUCUGCAGCGACACCUGUGUCAUCAACUAUCACAAAAUCAACAACAUCCCUUUAACUUACUGUGACGUCUGCGGCUCUUUCUGCCUCGACCCACGGAAUACACGGAAGAUGGACGGUGGCCGUAGAAGCAUGUGCAGCAGCAAAUGUGUGGCGAAAUUCAAAGAGAAAGCUGAGACUAAACAGCUUUGCCUCAUGUGUCAGACGUCUCAUCUCGUGUUGGACAUGAUUGAAAAUACCAACAGCGAGGGAGAGUUGGAGUUAUUCUGCAGCAACAGAUGCAUGAUGGUCCACAAUGCUCAGACCUUCAUAGUGGCGGAAAAGAGGAGCCCAUCGCCUGAAGAGAUCAACAUUAAAGAAGUGAAGCCGCCGCUGCUGAAUUUGGAAUGUAUAAAAGAAGAGCCCAUCGAUCAGGGCUACUGCCAGAUUCUCCCAAGAUCUGUUUCCAAUCAGGACAUCAAGACGGAGCCAAAUGUGGCAAAGGAGGACUUGAAGAUCGGCUCAGUUUUCUCUUUGACCGGAGACUCCAAACCCACAAAGCCGACUCUGGCCCACAUGGAUCUACAGGCGUCCUGCUCCAGCUGCAAAAACAUUCUGGUGGACGGAGAGACUGUGUAUCAGAGGAAAGGCCACCAAGAAAUAUUCUGCUCCUCGUCCUGCCUGCUGAGGUUUUUCCAGAUGAAAUCAGUGAAGAAGACGUGUCACUUCUGCCUUCAGGUGAUAACGCAGCAUCAGGACGUCCUCCAGGCCUCGGUAGAUAAUGAGGGGACUCAAAAGGAUUUCUGCAGCCAGACCUGUCUGUUGUCCUUCAACUACAAGAGCAGCGUGUCGAGCAAAAUCCCCGUCGUUCCCAUCGCAUCGCAUUCACAGUGCAGCAUGUGCAGCAGAUACUGCAUCAGUAAAAAGGAGAUCAUACAGCAGGGCGUCGUCCAUAAAAUCUGCAGCGAACCCUGUUUCCUUCGUUUCUGCAACAUGAACAAGUUGUCGGUCUGCGUAAACUGUCGAUCCUGCAGCAGCUCACCGUUGAUGCUGAAGAUGCAGGACGGAAACAAAACACUGUGCGGCGCUGAGUGUCUGGUCCAGUUCAAACAGAAAAUCCAAACACCACAGCCCUGUGCGAUGUGCCACAUCUCCAAUCCGAUAUCAAACAUGGUUGAAAAUAGAAACAGGGAUAACGUGGUUGAGUUUUUCUGCUCCUGCAGCUGUGUGAUGGCGUCAAAGAUCCAGGCCGUCAGUGCUUCAGGAGCCUCCUUGAAUUGUGACCACUGUGGUAAAACUUCAGUUCCCGCCUGUCAUCUCGUCAUGUCAGAUUCCUCCAUUAAGAACUUCUGCACUCUAACAUGUGCCAUGGCCUUUAAGGAAAGUGAGAAAGACUUGGCUGCUUCAACUGACCCGGCAGGAGCUUCUAAACCUCCAAAGAAACUUCUGUGUGCUCAGUGUGGACAUACCAUCAAAACUACACCCAAAGUCAUCCAGAGAAAGGACAAGAUGAACUUUGUGUGCAGCCUGGCCUGUUCUCAGGAGUUUAAAAAGGCCAACAACAUCACGGGAACUUGCGAAUAUUGUAAGAAUGUCCGGAUCAUCAAGGACACCAAGAGGGUUGAGGACAAAGAAUGUAACUUCUGCAGUGACAGCUGCAGAGUUCUCCUUCAUCACGACCUGGAAAGCAAACCAGGUCAGCGCUACUGUUCUUGUGCUUACUGCCUGUCGAUAGCCGUUACUGUGGUGACGAAACACAAUGAAGGAACGGAAGUGGAAUUCUGCUCUAAAGAAUGCAGCAAGAACUACAAAAACCUCCAAAACAACGUUGCAAAAUGUGACGCCUGCGGCUGUAAAGGGAAACUGAAGCAGAGUCUUCCGAUGGUCGGAGAAGUCAAACACUUCUGUGACCUGAAAUGUCUGCUGCACUUCUGCAGUAACAAAGUCCACAUGGUCGACACAGCCUCUCCAGCUUCUGGAUCUGUGGUGACGACACAGUCUUCUCCAGUCAUCGCUAAUGUUGUCUCACUGGCCAGCGCUCUGUCUCUGCGGAACAACGCUUCGACAAACUCUGCACAGAACGUUUCCAUCGCUGACAUUCAAACAAAAGUCGUUGGACAUGCCAGUGUUCAGACAGUCCCCAAAGAACUGAAGAAUAAAUCGAUGCUCUGCACUCCACUGGUCCACAACAAAGGAACCUCCUGUAUAGUAGAAACUGCUGAAACUGAAGUACAAACAGAUAAAGUUGAUCCUGAAGUCGUGGUCCUUCGCGUCCCGGUUCCGGUGCCAGUGCCGGUUUACGUGCCUGUACCUAUGAACAUGUACACGCAGCACACACCACAACCUGUUAGCCUGCCGUUACCACUUCCUGUACCUGUAUUUGUUCCUGCGAUGUCAGACGGCUCAAAGAAAACAACAGCUGAAGAGACGAAGCAGCUUAAAUCCACCGAUGGAGAUUUAAACCUCAGACCUGAGACUGAAACUGAACAAACGGAGAGAAAUGAGAAAGAGGGCGACCAGAAGGACAGAGAUGAGACAAAAGAGGGAGAAAGACAACAAAACCAGUCAGAUGAUGAUGAUGACGGAGAUGCAGAUGAUUAUCCAACCACCUUCGACGACCAGGAUGAUCUUCAGUCGGGCGCCAACCCCAACCCGAUCAGUCCGUCAGCUUCACCGUCACAACAAACUCCAGGGAAAGUCCAGAACAAGAGCAAGAAGUCCAAGAACUCUAAAGAGGAAACGCCUCAGAGUGAAGCUCCAACGGUCACCACCAAGAAAAGGCACAAAGUGAACACUCGACAUGGAGUCGAAGCCUGGAAGAGAUGGAUCCAGUGGAGAGAAUCUCAAACCGACCUGGGACCUGUUUCCUCUCAUUCUGUGAGGCUGAGGACGGAUAUUCUUCGCUGCUCUGCGGUCGACCUGAGCGGCGGCCUCUAUCGCUUCAUCAAGGAGGUCAAACAACCAGACGGAGAACCGUACUCCCCUGACGGCCUCUUCUACCUCUGCCUCAGCAUCCAAAAGCACCUGCUAGAAAACGGUCGGGGGGAAAACAUAUUCACUGAUGCGAUCUACAACAAGUUCUCCACAAAGAUCACCAAACUCCUGAAGCAUUUCCAGCCGUCAGUAGCGUCCGACGGUUCCAUCGACUCCCCUGUGAAGGAGGAGUUUCUGUGGGACUGUAAGCAGGUGGGAUCUUUUUCCCCCAUGGUCCUCCUCAACACCAUGCUCUUCUUCUGCUGCAAAUACUUUGGCUUCACCACGGUGAAGGAGCACCGACAGCUAUCCUUCGCACAAAUCAAUUCUUGCACCAGAACCAACCCAGACAAAACCACAACCGCCGUCCUGCAUUUCUACCCGCCAACAGAGGCAGAAUCAGAUGCAGACGGUGUUCCAGCCAAGAAGCGUAAGAAAGAUGUGAGUUUCCUGGAGAUGGAGGGGAACACAGAGAACCCUCUUCGCUGUCCGGUCAGACUCUAUGAGUUCUACCUCUCCAAGAUCCCUGACUCGAUGAGGCAGCGCAGCAAUCUGUUCUACCUUCAGCCCAAAAACUGCUGUUACCCCAGCAGCCGUCUAUGGUUCACGUCCAGCCCUCUGCAGGACUCUGUCAUGGAGGCCAUGAUCGUACGAAUCUUCGCCGUCCAAGAGCUCCGAAGACCGAAAUAGAGAAGGUUCUGCAGACAUCAGCUCAAUUUAUCAGUGGAGAAAUAAUACAAAUAAUAAACUUCCCUCCAUGGUGGAUCCAGCCUUCUUCAGAUUUUUGGACGUGGAACAUCUUUGAAGAGAUUGUAGGAAAAACUUCAGCCUGGUAGAAGAAAUCACUGAGGAUGUUUUUGUGAUUUAGAGGAAGCAGCAAGUUUUCAGGUUAAAGUUUUAUAUCUGCCAGUCCAUCAAUGUGUCUUUAAUCAUCAGAGGAUGUAAAUUUGAGUCCAUCAGUUUGACGCACCUUACCAGGUUCUUAUUUGUUUUGGAACUUUCUGGGUUGGAUCUCAGGACUGCAUUGUAAGGACCUGUUAAGUGAUGUCAAAGACCCUAAAGUCUGAGGUGAAAGUUCCAGCUGAGAAAGAAAGAAAACCCAAACCCUCAUUUAGCGUCAUUUCAGGAAGUGUUGAACUUAUCGGCUGCACCGUGCUGUCUGGUUGUGUUUCUGUUUAAGAAAGAGGAUAGAAAGAUCUGCUGUUUGUGCUUUUUAUCUGUUUCAGAACUUAAAGUGAGAAAACACAAAACUUUUUGGUCACACGUUGAGCACAAACCUAUACAGGAAAUCAGAUUAAUCUGUUUAACUAAACAUGGUUUAGAGUUAAAGCAGAAAGACUCGCAUGUUAAAGUGUUAAAGAAGCUUUUGAGGCUGAACUUUCUGGACAGGUUUAAACGUCGACAGUCUCACCUGUGAACAUUUUUCAGAAAGCUUCUUUCUCCUUCUUCAGUGUUUGCAGAGAGUUCUGCUUACGCCAGUUAUCAAAAGCUGAUUUCAAUGAAAAAGAGUCGGAAGGAUGUUAUAAACAGAACAAGAAUGAGAUUUGUUGAUUUCAUUGGAUUAUUAUUUUUUUUUACAUUUUUAUAAAAGUUUCACAAAGUAAAUAAAGUUUGACAUGUUAAGGUGA